AUGUCGGGACAUGGUUUCAAUAAUUAUGGUGAUCCUAAUGGUAUGCGAGAACGUGCUUAUGACAAUUUCAUCCAUCAAUAUAUGCCUGCAGUAGUAGAUAGUUCAGUGGGUGAUCGAUUGGAUGAUAGGUUAGGUAGUCAUUGUCAUCCAAUGCAAGGAUCAAUAAAUGGCGAUGUUCCCGUGGUUGGUGGUGGACAUCAUCACCAGCAGCUACAGCAACAUCACCAUCAUCACCAUGGUGGUUCGUAA